CGUACGCAUCAACGGUUAAAAGUUAUCUACGAUCAUAAACAACCGUCAUUAGCUGAGCUCAAACUCUUAAUUAUGUUUCCUCACUAUAAAUCCUCCCAAAAUUAUCGUAUCUUUACAACACACACCCAGCUUAGCCCCCCCCCCCUAAAGUGGUGUCAAAAACUUGAUCAAGUCCAAGAUGAGCGUUAAAAUGGGAAACCACCCCAAAUUAACGGUGUCUAUGUUUGGACUGAUCCAGUUUCACACAGAUGUAAUAAACACAUGCGCUCAUCACUUCCAGUAAAUCUAGUUUUUUUACCCCUAACUGCCGCUCCUCGUACACUUGGAGUACAGUGAAAACCGAAGAUUUACCUAAUCAGUGGCACUGAGCUUUUUUUACUCACCCUGGAGAAUUUGAUCAGUUUUCCACCUCCAAACCCCUCUCUUCUUCUCUGAUACCUGCUGAGAAAGCUAGCCCAGAGAAAUUGAACCCAUUAGAUGUGAUCUCUUUGCAUGUGAUGAAGAGAAGAAACAUUCACAUUUUUGUACUCUCCAUUUUCCUCAUACCGAUCUUAUUCCUCGGUGCUGCUGCUGGCGAAGAGCUUCAGAUUUCGCACAAUGCUGGCCUGAGAGACUCGUUGCGGACGUCACAUUACAAGCAAAGACAGCUCUUGUCUUACAUUGACCAAGAUGGGUCACGAGGUGAGACUGUGACAGUCCCAGACUCCCUUGUUUUUGAAAACUCAAGACUCAGAAGUGCCUACAUUGCCCUCCAAGCAUGGAAGCAAGCCAUGGUCUCGGAUCCUCGGGAUCAAAUAUCCAACUGGGUUGGAUCCGAUGUGUGCAAAUACACUGGAGUCUUCUGCGCCCAAGCCCCAGACGACCCGUCGGUCCAAACGGUUGCCGGCAUUGAUCUAAACCAUGCUGACAUUGCAGGGUUUCUCCCGGAAGAGCUUGGUCUUCUCUCGGAUAUUGCAUUGUUUCACAUCAACUCAAAUCGUUUCUGUGGCAAAGUCCCAAAGAGUUUCAACAAGUUGCAGCUGCUUUUCGAGCUUGAUCUAAGCAACAACCGCUUUGCUGGGGGAUUUCCUGAUGUUGUUCUUCAGCUGCCAGCACUAAAAUUUCUGGACCUGCGAUUCAAUGAGUUUGAAGGUGAAGUCCCCAAGGAACUGUUUGAUAAGGACCUUGAUGCAAUCUUCAUCAACCACAACAGAUUUUCCUUUGAAUUGCCAAAUAAUUUUGGGAACUCGCCGGUCUCAGUCAUUGUUCUUGCUAACAAUAACUUCCAUGGAUGUGUACCGGCCAGCCUCGGCAACAUGUCCAAGAAUUUAAAUGAAUUGGUGCUCACUAACAAUGGGUUCCACUCGUGUUUGCCAAGGGAGAUAGGGAUGCUAAAGAAAGUGACAGUGUUUGAUGUGAGCCAUAAUCGGUUUGUGGGAGAGUUGCCGAAGGAAAUAGUUGAAAUGGAAAGCUUGGAGCAGCUGAAUGUGGCUCAUAACAUGCUCAGAGGGACUAUACCAGAAGGUGUUUGUGAACUUCAGAAUCUGGCAAAAUUUAGCAUUGAGCACAACUUUUUCACUGUCGAGCCACCAAUGUGUUUGAAGUUGAAGGAGUUUGACGACAGCAAGAAUUGCUUGCGGAAAAGGCCAAAGCAGAGAACCUUGUUGCAAUGCAAAUUGGCUUUGUCUAAGAAAGUUGAUUGUAGUUCUUUUGGAUGCUAUCCUUUUGUUCCUCCUUCACCACCAUCACCACCACUGCCUCCACCAUCACCAUCACCGCCUACACCAUCACCACCACCGCAUCCUCCAUCACCACCACUGCCUCGACCAUUUCCAUCAUCGCCUCCACCAUCUCCAUCGCCUCCACCUCCACCAUCACCUUUGCCUCGACCAUCACCACCAUUGCAUCCACCACCGCCUCCACCAUCUCCACCACCGCCUUCGCCAUCACCUCCACCUCCAUCACCAUCACCGCCUCCACCACCACCACCACCGCCUUCACCAUCACCACCACCGCCUUCACCAUCACCACCACCACAUCCACCAUCACCUCUGCCUCCAUCACCAUCACCGCCUCCACCAUCACCACCACCACAUCCACCAUCACCGCCACCACCUUUGCCAUCACCUCUACCUCCAUCACCAUCACCGCCUCCACGAUCACCAUCACCGCCUCCACCAUCACCACCACCGCAUCCUCCGCCAUCUCCAUCGCUUCCUCCACCAUCUCCAUUGCCUCCCCCACCAUCUCCACCACUUUCACCACCAUUAACAUCACCUCCGCCUCCAUCACCAUCACCACCACUGCAUCCACCAUCACCACCACUGCCUCCGCCAUCUCCAUCACUUCAGCCACCAUCACCACCACAGCCUCAUCCUCCUCUUCCUCCACCUCCACCAUCCUCACCUCCUUGCCUUCCCUCACCACCACCCCCUCCACCAUGCCCUCAUCAGAAUUCACCACCACCUCCACUACCUUCUCCCCCACCACCUCUACAUUCUCCCCCACCAACACCAAAUUCUCAUCCUUUGCCGCCUUCACCACUUCCUUCACCUCCAUCGCCACCACCAUGUGUGCUAACUUCUCCGCCGCCUCCAUCCCCACCACCAUGUGUGUCAUCUUCUCCGCCUUCGCCUUCACCUUCACCUUCACCACCAACUCCAGUAAAUGAUGGCCUGUUAAAUUGAAGAACCCACCUACCCUUCACCUCCACCACCACC